UGCACACCAUGGCUACCCGGAACGAGGGACACUUUCCCCACGCCCUCCUCUAUUUGCUUACAGAGGCUGCCUGCAGUUCAACCUCCGGUCUCUUUCAAUGCCUACAUAUUUGAUGGUAUUCAUGGAAGUGCCUCAAGCUACUGCCUUCGAUACAACACCAAGGAGACAAUUCAUGAUGAUUGGCAUAUCAAUCCCGGACUCUUAGCCAUUGCAGAUCGGGCCCCACAGACUGCUUUUAUUCCUGUGCCAGGACCGGAUGUAUCGAGUAGUGUCAAUCUCAAAAUCUACAUUCCCAUGGCCGCCUACUUCUGCAAUCGUUACACCGACACCAUGCGUUCGUGGAUGAAGGAGAAAUUCCAAACUGACUGUGAACCCACAAUGGUAGUCUCCACACUGGUGAAAGAAUGCCUUGAGCGAGCCUAUGGUUCAGACAAACCUCUCAAAUCUUUUGAGUACUGUCUCCGAAUAUGCGGGCGCACUGACCUUCUGCAUCCACACGCUCGACUUUGUGAUCAUGAGUAUAUUCGGGACUGCUGUCGGACGGGAGCAACUGCACGGUUGGUGUUGGAAGCCUUCAGUGCACAGGAGCAUUUCCUUCCCUCAGUUCAGGAUAAGUCUCGAAAGCUGAAUCUUCACGAGGCCUAUGUGGCUGAGACUCGUAUUCCUGAAAGAGCAAUGAUUGAAAGUUCGGUGAUGAAAAUAAGCGACUACAUUGCGAACCUCCGCAAACAAGUUGCCAAUCUUUCUUUUAACACUAUCAAUGCUGCUGGCCAUACUUGUGAGAUGAUUCGAAAGGCUGUGGUCGAACAUAUCUCGGGAAUCUGUCACGGUACGGCAAUCAACACUCUGCCUGAGGCUAUGGCAGCCGUACAAAAUAGCCUAUACAAUCUUAUGUUGAGUAGAAAGCCUCGGAUUGACACCCAUCCGGACGCUUCAACCAAAUCGGUGCGUGAAAAUCGAUCAAUGAUUGGCGGAAAAUUGACUCGAAUGGACCAAUCAGUGCGCAACACUGACGUCCUGGUUUCGGGAAAUGAGAUGGAGUGUGAACGUCUUCUGGGCUGUCAUAUAUCAGUGAAUAGGGAGUCUCACCGCACUUCAAAGUGUGACAUGCCCUUUGUCAUGCGAAUUGGCAGUGUCAUCGAUCCCACUGACCACACAGAUCCUUGGAAUCUCUCCGAGCGUUUAGGCAUCGGCAGCUGUGUUCGAGUUCAUGUGAUUCUAACCUAUGCCGGACGACCGCUAUCCACUGUAUAUUCAUCACCUCUAACCCCGGCCUAUCCAAAAAACUUUAAGGGAUGUGAAGAAUACGCCUGCACCACACCAGUACUUCGUGACUUUCACUACUCAAGAAAGGCCGAUUUCAAUUCGGGUGGAAAAAUUGAUGAAUGGAUUCGUUUCUUGGAUUUCCCUUUUAGACGCCUUCCAAGGGAAACUCUCCUCAACGUUAGUCUUAUUGCCUUGAAAAAGCAAACUGAAGACCCCGCUAUACUGUCCAAUGGGACCCUUCUUGGUUGGGUUAAUGUACCCAUAUUUGAUGGCAAUGGACGUUUGCGACAAGAGGUUGUUCUCGCCGGUCUCUGGCCCCCCGUGGCAGAAGGUCUCUCCCCGGAAUUUCGAUCCACGUUUGCAGAGCCUAACCGAAGACACAAUGCCAUAGUUGUGGAACUAGAAUUUCCAAUCUAUCCAUCCGACUUUUUCUUCCCAAAACCACCGACUGUUGAUGACUCCGAUGUCUGUCAUGUAAGCAUGUCCGAUGCGGAAAGACGCCAUUACAGUGAGUUGGCUAGUCAAAUUCUCUACACACCAGCUUCACAACUUCCACCCGCCGGACGUCGAUCGACAGAGGCAGUUGGAGAGCCCAAAUUUAUCACCUUCUUAGCGGAUUUGAGUUUGCAUCAACUUUUUAUUGAUAAACUUUGGGAAAAUCGCCAUCGACUUAUUGGUUCAUCCGAACUCCUCACAACUCUUGUUGUUGCGGCUCCUGUCUGUUGGCCGGACGCCUGUCGACGGGCCUCGAUACCAACCACAAAAAGUGCUCAUGACAAAAUUUUGUGGAUGCUUUUAUUUUCUCAGCUCUAUAGCCUACUCCAAGUCUCAUCACCGCUUUCACCAUCAUCUGCAAUGCGUCUUCUACUACCCGAUGUUCCAGAUCAAUUUUUUCGGCAUUGGGGUGUCUGUUGUCUCUCCCGAUUUCCUCCAGAUGGUCUCAUUUGCUACCUUCCCUGCCUUCUAGAGGCAGUUAAUUAUGACCUCCAUUUGGAUUGGUCAGGUUUAGUUAGCCUUCUUCUUCAUCGUUCAACGGUAUCUCUGCGAUUCUGUAAUGCUCUCUACUGGAAUAUUGAGAGCAUAUUAAUGAAUCCCAAAUGGUAUAGUCAACGUCGACUGGUUCUGCUGAAGACAGCAAUCCUGUGGUUGCAUGGUAGCCGUCUGAAAGCCACUUGGAGUCUACAAGCAGACGUGCUGUGUCGCAUACGUCAAACCGCUGAAGCCGUUAAAGCGGCAAAGGAUAAAACGAAGUAUAAAACUUUACAGGAAGGUUUGGAGUCUACACAAACCUUCCUCGACUCCCAAUUUAAGCCGAAGGGCUUGGAGGAGGGAACAGCAUCAAAUGGUGGGUCACUCUCGCUAUCAAAUACAUCCGAUCUCCCAAUCCCGGAUGCUUUUCGUCUGCCCUAUGAUUUUGGCUUCGCUUGUCGAAGCUUGAAGGUACAGGCAUGCACAUACAUCACUUCAUUCACGUGCCCAAUUCGCCUCACUUUGAGCGGAAUUGAUGGAGAAACGCGUAAAUGCAUCUUCAAGGUCGGAGAUGAUCUGCAGAUGGACCUCCUAAUCUGCCAAUUGAUCCACGUAGUGGACAGAAUUUGGCUGAACGGAGGGAUGGAUUUGUGUAUUCCCCACUUCACAGUGAUGCCUAUGGAAGUAAAACGCGGACUCAUUGAACCAGUGCCCGACUCUGAGACCCUCAGGGUAAUCAACCAAACCAGUGCCUCAAAUCCGCGCUUCAAACGCGAUCAAGGGCUGUUGAUGUGGCUUCGAGAAAAUCAUUCGGACACAAAAGCUCUUCGAAAGGUUGCACUUUUGGCAUUUCCUUUAUGCUAUCCCUUGAAUCGUCAUUUGGGAGGUCACAUAAGUGUCACCUUUUGUUGGCUGGUUGUGUCUACGAUGUGGUUGCGCGAGGCAGUCGAUAACUUUUUUCACUCCACUGUUGCCGGCUCGGUGUUAACUUUUGUGCUGGGUCUGGGGGAUCGUCACAACGACAACAUCAUGAUGCGGGAGAAUGGACAAAGCUUUCACAUCGACUUUGCCAAAGUCUUUGGCAACUUUCAAAAGAUUCUCAGUUUUAAUCGUGAUAGAUCGCCCUUCAUCCUCACUCCGGAUAUGGUGGAGGUGGUAAAAUUUGCUGAACCAUCGAAUUCGACGACGAGCAGAAGGGAAGAUAUGCCAAAGGAACUGGUUGAAAUUCCCUCCUUUGUGCGCCACUGUUGUCAGGCCUACAACCUCCUUCGAAAGUUCGCCUUUCCAAUCAUGGGCCUAAUGGAGAUGGCGUGGCAAAUGCAACUGCCCGGGUUGGAGCGAGGACAAAUUGGACACGUCUUUGGAAAUCUACGUCGAUCUAUUAGUGAUGCUGAAGCGGAGGCCUUUUUUAAGGAGCUAAUUCAACGGAGUAUUCAAUCAUACUCGGCUCAGCUGAAUAACAUGAUUCACGACAAGGUUCAAAGGAGCAAGAAACAACCAAGUGUUGUGGACAAUCCGGAGGGUCGCUAUGCAAAUUGUACAGCUCAAGGGGUGUAUUUGCAUCUACAAUCGAACAGAACCACAUCAACGGGUACUGCACAACCUGAAAUUGGACUGGCCAAAAUAUCAGUCACGGAUACCUCAUUAACGCGAAAUGGAUGGUAUUCCAGGCCCGCGUUUAAAUUCGAAAUACAGCCAGAGAAUAAGAAUUCCACUGGCGCCGAUGAUGGUGGUCGCGGCAGUUUUUCCAUAGUUAGGGAUGUGCAAGAAUUGAAACGUCUUAUCUGGCGCAUUCUUGACUCCAAUCCCAAAAGUCGGCCUGCUAUGAAUCUGCUGAAUCGGUUGUCUGAAUUGGAUGAUCAGGUGGUGAAUUGCGCUCAGCCAUCACCGCCAUCUGCGAUGCUCCUGAAUUCACUCACAAUGGGACUGGUGGAAUUAAUUCAAUUCCAUGCACUCGAUCCUAAUAUGAUAAACUUCUGGAAGCCAACGGAAGCGGAUCUGAGACCUGAAUUACCUCAAAGAUCAAUUUCAGUUGCAUCAAGUUCAUGCAUCAGUAGCAGUUCCUCUCCUCCUCGGUCUCAAAGCAACAGAAAUAGCUCCGAAAUUGAUGGUGAUGCUCCUCCUGACCGCCCGGCUGUGCAGUUGACUCUGGAACUUAGCGAAUCCUGCGACCAACUUAAUGUAUGCGUAGAACAGGCUCAAGAGUGGUGGUUACCUGGCGAAAACCUGACCAUGAAUGCCAUGCUUGAUAUCAGAGGCAUUCCCAAUUCCAUUCGAGUAUUUCCGCGACAACGCUACUGCAUGCUUCCGUCGAAUAAUCCGAAACUAAACGAGACAUUCACAAUCGAGUUUCAGCCCAACGAAUGCAAGGACGCCAUUAUUAUUUUCACAGCCAGACAAAUGGACACUCUGGGUUUGAAACAUCUGAUCGGGGAUGUGACAAUCCCUCUUAGUUCUCUGACACAACUUCAAUCCUCGUCAUCCGCUUCAGUCAAGGUAACGCGGUGGUAUGAACUUUCUCGCCGCAAGUUUGAACGCGUUUAA